UGUUCGGCUCGGCUUUCCUUUGACUUAUUGUAGAUCAGAUUUUUAAGUUCAAGGCCAUUAAAAACUAAUGGCGUGUAUCUUUCCUAAUAAUAAUUAUAUUAGAUUAUUCCUAUGUUUACAAUUAGUGCCUUUCCAAAAUAUUGUGCAUCACGUGAUCUUAUUGAAUUUUAAUUGGUUGUCGGUGAGCGUGCCCUGCGCGACGCGAGAGGCGCAACGCAAUAAUAGUUUUCCAAAAUGCCGUCGGAAUCGAAGCCUUUGUUGACAGCUCAAACAGAAAAACCAAAUCAUUAUAAAUAUCUAAAGGAAUUCCGAGUGGAGCAGUGUCCGUCUUUCUUACAACACAAAUGUACACAACAUAGGCCUUUCACAUGUUUUCAUUGGCAUUUCAAUAACCAGAGAAGAAGAAGACCCGUUAGAAAAAGAGAUGGAUCCUUCAAUUAUAGCGCAGAUAACUACUGUACCAAAUAUAAUGAGACAUCGGGUAUUUGCGAGGAUGGGGACGAAUGUCCCUACCUCCACCGCACCGCAGGCGACACCGAACGCCGCUACCACCUGCGGUACUACAAAACGUGCAUGUGCGUGCACGAUACGGACGCGCGCGGGCUCUGUACGAAGAACGGCGCGCACUGCGCCUUCGCGCACGGCGCGCCGGACCUGCGGCCGCCGGUCCUCGAUGUUAGGGAACUCCAAGCUAUGGAGAACCCGGACCAGGCGGAUGGGGACGCCGCCGCGCCUAACGCUUUAGAUAGGGAACGGAAUUUGAUGAAUGAAGAUCCUAAAUGGCAAGAUACGAAUUACGUGUUAUCAUCAUAUAAAACGGAGCCAUGUAAAAGACCUCCUAGGUUAUGUAGACAAGGGUAUGCCUGCCCACAAUAUCACAAUAGUAAGGAUAAACGCCGGUCACCCCGCAAGUACAAAUACCGUAGCACACCGUGCCCCAACGUGAAACACGGCGAGGAGUGGGGCGAGCCGAGCAACUGCGAGGCCGGCGAGGCGUGCGGGUACUGCCAUACCCGCACCGAGCAACAGUUCCACCCUGAGAUAUACAAGAGCACCAAGUGCAAUGACGUGCAGCAGGCCGGCUACUGUCCUAGGGGACUGUUCUGUGCCUUUGCGCAUGUUGAACCGGAAGAUCUGACAGCGGCGCGUGAACUGGCCGCUCCACUAGAGUGCGGCACCAACCUGGCGGAGCUCCUCUCGUCCGCGCUGCCCGACGCCAAGCCCGACCUGCUGCUGCCCGCGUCGCCGCCCGCGCCGGCGCCGCACACCAACGGCAGCGGCGACUCCGAGUGCGCCAGCACGUCCAGCGGCGGCUCCAGCCAGGGCCGCGCCGUCGGCCCCAGGCCCGCGGACCCCAAACCGCCCCAGCAUAACGUCUGGGCUCAACGGAGCGCGUUUGACGCGACAGUUUUACAGGAAGUCGUCGGUAACGCCCUCGACGAUUUGCAUCUAGACGAUCCGCUGUCGCUGGUUGCCGCUUUAGAUAGAGAUUUAGCCGAUGGCGAAUCGAUGCUGGCUCCGUCGGCGCCGGUUAAUAUUCCACGCGGCGCGCAACCUUCUCUACGCGCCUUCAGUCCGCCCUCCGCUGGCUCCCCGCUGCCGCCUUUCCUCCGCUACGCGCACGAUACAGAGCGCCUCUUCAACUCGCACGCGACUUUAAAAACUGGAAGCUACGGUGGGAGCGGCUUCGAGUUCGCGGCGACCUCGCCGAGCGCACCCGGGGAGAUAUCUCGCCUGAGGGAGGAGGUGGUGGCCUCGCGGGCUGCCGCUCUACGUUGGGACGAGCGUAUAGCGCAGGCGAGGUCGGCGUGCGGCGCUUGGCAGAGGGAGGCCGACGAGGCAGUCCGGGCGGCACAACUUGCCGAACGACAAAGGGAUGAAGCGGUCGCUCGGGCUCAUAAUUUGCGUAGGGAGCUGGAGGCCGCUCGCGCCGCCGGCGCCGCCGGAGGCGCCUCGCGCGCUCGGGAGCUUCGCACUCUCCCUCUAGGAACUCUAAAACAACUUCAAGCGGCCGCUAGAGCGGAGUUAGAAGAGAUCGAAAAGGUUCUAUACCUAGAAACGGCGACCAAAUGUAUGGCGUGCGAGGAGCGGCCGCGCGCGGUGACGCUGGCGCCGUGCAACCACUACGUGCUGUGCGACAACUGCGCGCGCGCCGCCGACGAGUGCCCCUACUGCCAGACGCCCGUGCAGCGUCAUCAGUAGUUUCACUACUUGAAUCGCAUUGUUCUAUCAUGAAGCAUGUAAGUAAUUUCCGUUAACAGCUAGGCGCCAUACAAGUACCUACACAGAACAAAACAGAAAGCAUACUUUAAGCAUUUUGUAUUGCAUAAGCAAUAACAACGGCACACAAUCGUUCUUGAUUGAGAGCUCGCGACAACUUUAGGUGUUGAUGAUGUUUGAAGAAAAUAAAAUAAAAUCUUUUUUUGUUAUAAACGUUAGGCGUACGAUUUUUAAACAAGUACCAAAUAAUAAAUUCACGUUAUUGUUGUUUCUUUGUGUGAUAUAAUAUAGCAAGAUGUUUUUUUUAUAUAAAGAAGCUCAAGUAUUUUGAUAGUUCAUUGCGAUUCAAUUAUAAAUUUGGGCCGAUAUUACUAUACCAUAUAUUACGAGAACGUAUGUAUUCAUUUGAUACGUCAAAUAUAUUCUUUACAUCUGACUUAACAAAUUGAUAUAGACAUUUCAGUAGCUGUACUAAAAAUCAAGUUUUACUACCAAUUUUUUAUCCGUAUAUAAAUUAUAAUAGCUAUAUUAUGGCAACAUAAUAUCGGCCCCUAGUUGACGGCCGAGCUCUACCUAUGAAAUUGACUUGGCUAUUAUCAUAACAUGAUUGUCUAAAUUAUGAGAUGCAUAUUUUGAAGUUGAUAUAAGUAUAUAUAUAUAUAUAUAGAGGUAGACCACGGCCGUUGACUGAGUGCUCUCUACUCGUGUAGUCUUUCGAAUAACACCCGUCGGUGCGACAGAUACUUUCCUUGAUAUUUUUAUAUAUGGGUAGAUUGGGGUGUAACGUGUUAUAUCACUUGAUAAUAAUGAUAGAAUAUUUAAUUUUAGUAAAGAGCAAGACUUAUUCUAAUAAAUUUAUCGAAUGAAUUUAUAAUACAUGGACUAGGGUUUCUCAAAUUAACUGCCAACGUCAUUUCAUAGUAUAUUUUCUAUCCCCGGAGAGUGGAGUUUCCUUAGUACCUAUUACUACUGGAAUCGUUCCACUGUCCUCUUCUUAGUAACUACAGAUUAUGCGCAUUGUCAGAAUAUGAGGUAUCGAACAUGAUGCGAUGAUUGUUUGAAUGUCUAGAACGGGGUCUUUACCCGUUGCCUCUCAAAAUAGUCGCCCGUUUUAAUCUAUCGGUUAUCUGAUCGCGACUGUGUCGUUUGAAAAAGUCGUUGUGUUCUAACUGACCUUCACGAAUCAGACGGCAGAGCACGUUCCAUGAACACCUAUUUCUUAUUCUCAUUCGUAUAACAAUUCUUCAAACAUCUUGAGAAAGUCAAGAUAUUUUUCAACAUAUAUAGACAUUAUUUAGUGCAUGGUUUACACAGUAGAGAUUUAUAAUGUUACAAGAUAAAAUAAUAUGCUUUUGAUGUUAUUUCGUUUAGAUCAUUACUAGUGGAGUUAUUGCUUUUACUGAACAUACACAUAUUAUAGGCAUUUAACGAGGUUUUAUAGGUCGACGCCUGGCCAUGCUUUCACCAAAUAUCGGAUGGUAAUGGAUAAAAUUAUAGUAUAUUGCAAAAUUUAAGGUUUGACUCUGAAAAAUAAAGAUAUUGGUGGAAGCACGCCCAAGACAACUAGAAUUUAUAUAAUAAUUGAAGAAUAUUAAAAGUAGUUUUUAGUUUUAUAACGAUAUUCAAACAUCAUUUUGCAUGUUCAUUAGGAUAUCUAGUAGUAAUAAAAUCAUCAACAAUCUGAGAGUUGUUAAUUUUUUCUACAUUUUUAAAAAUCGUAUAUAUUAUGUAAGUGACUAAAGUGUGACUGCAAUUUGCUUCCUGGAGGUUCUCGGCACAAUUGUUUGCGCGCUGGCGGACCAAUCUUAGAUCGUACACCGGCCAAUGGUCGGCGAAUUGGCGUUCUAGUAGCGAUAUUAAAGCGACAUAUGUACUACGCAUACUUUGAAAAUAAUUUCAAUUAUGGCAAGAUAUUUUGGGGUACAUGAAUGUUAGAAACUUGUGCUAGAAAAAUCACUAUUACAACGCUAGUUCGGUCGACCUACUGCUCUCUGCGUCCCGUUGUCUGCACAGGCUGGCUCCGUAUUUGUAAUUCACCUUUUAAAUUGAUCGCCAAGUUGAAACUUUUCAAUACAUUUCAUAUAUUUAUAACCCGAUUUUUUUAAGUUUAUCCUGAGUUUGGAAGUAUGUUAGUUUGAAUGUACAAUUACCGAGCCGUCCGAACAGCUUUCUGACGCAAAGGAGGGUACUAGCGAGUUUAAUGCCCGGGCCUUCCCGCGUGCAUUAUUUGCAAAUAGUAUAGUGCAUUUUAUGUUAACAUUCCUAAUUAACUGUUAGAAGUUACGUUUUUAUUUCUCUAUCGGUGUGGGUACGCAUUUAGUUUUAAUUAUUGUGUUUAACAAGUAAAUAAUAAAAGCUGUUAGUCUCCAUAGAGUUGCGUUCCCCAACUUUGCUAUAGGUGUCACCUCUUGGACCAGGUCUCACUCUCCAGUCUCACUAGGUGACAGCAUAGGCAUCAAAGAUGAGAAGUGCCACUUUGUUUAUAAAUUACCAGUCUUCGUUAUUUAUUCGUCGCUGGUUUUAGUGUUAGAUUUCAAGUUUCGAGUACCGUCUUUUGGGUCAAACGAUUCAGCAGAUAUGUAUUUGGCUGCGAACGGUACGGGCAUGUACGCUAACGAUUUACUACGCUAUACUACAUUAUACAAACGCAUUUUAUAUAAAAGUUUAUUUCGAUUUUAGUACAUUAUAAAAUAUUUAUAUAUUUUGAAAAUCUUGAAAGUUUUGUAUCGGUAUAUUAUAACAAAUUUAACCUAGGCGUAUGGAUUAGAUGUAAGUAGUGUUUUCAAAUUGUAAUGGACAUUAUUUUUAAGUGUGUAGUUGCGAGCCGUCGUGUAUCUUAAGCAAUAUGACCACAGCCGCCUUUACUCAAAUAUAUAACAUAUAUAUAAACAUAUAGUAUGUCGACACGGUACAUUUUGGUGUGGAGUGUUCAAGUAAAGGGUUGUCGUGAUUUUCUAUAAAUUGGUGUGUUAUAAAUGUCAAAGGCCGCUAUGCGCAUAUCGGCCGCACGCGGGCGACACGCGACAACAAAUACUCAGACAGAUGUUUGUGCGCGGCAGGCCUAAAUCGUCACAAAUAAAUUGUUCAUUGGUUGAGUCUCAAAAUUCGUGUGAAAUCACACUGGUGUCGUAAUUGUCGGUACAGAAUGUCCUGUGUGGCCAUAGAUUAUAGUAUUCUAGCUUACUAGCUAUUUGUAUUUCUAAUGAUUUAAAAAUUUAGAUAGUAUUAGAGUCACACUUAUUUUUAUAUAGAGUCUUUAUCACAUGGAGAGAGUACUUUUCAUUAUGGAAAUUUGAAUAUUUAUAUGGAACAAUUGGUUUAAAAGAAAUAUCCAGUAAAUAACAGUAUUUGAAGAGACACAGCGUCUCUGCCGACAUGCAAAGCACAAAACGUGGUCAGUAAGAGUGUCUAUAUUAAUUGAAUUGUCAUCUAAAUUGUUAUGGACGUUCCACUAAGAGAGACCCCACACUAGCGUCUCCCAAGUGUCGGCGUCUAGUCGACUCUGUGACUGCUGCUGGAAGUAACGUUGGCGCAACUGCGCAGCGACAUCAUUUUCCAUAGCGCUAAUUAUACGCUCAAAAGACGCUAGUGUGAGGUCUCUGUAAAUACAUGACUUGUAGAGGUUACUGUCAACAAUAGAACAAACUGAGAACGAAAUUCUCAAAUUUUGCACAUAACUUAUGUUCAAAGAAAGUGUUGGGAAUCAGAUCAUGUUUUUCUGUUGUUAUUCUAGUGCUACCUAUAAUUAAACUUCGUUUUUUGAAAAACCUAGGUAGCUCCAUCUUUGUCACUCGUAUUUUGAAAGAGCGAAAGAAGCAGAUUUUACAGUUAUAGCCAUUAUGACCUUUUCAGAGAGUAGACAUUAUUUUUUCAGUUCGCAUAGUGAUUGUUUGAUGUAUACAGACUGUCUGGAAAAAUGUCGGCACAACGUAGCGUCAUUCUCGAAUAACGUGCAAUAUAUUCGAAAUUGUGGCCGAAAUAUAAAGCAUCGCCUGUGUGUGUCGAUGCGCGGCGUGGUUGUUGUGUUAUCCAUUAUAUUCGUUUGUAAGCAUUAUUUUUACGUUCAUAAGAGUAAACAAACUGAACAGAAUGACAGUUUCGCACAAUUCUUCUAUAUAAGAGACUAUCUACUAGACUAGAGAAUGAUGGCUUCAUGCGUUUUCUCUAGCCAUUCAUUACGUAGACGUGCGGUGACGGCCGGUAACUCCGCGGUUGUAUGGAACUGCCACUCUGUUCCGUUUCCUUACUCCUGUGCUUAUAUUCCGUUUUUACUGCAUUUUGCAUUAGUUAACUAUUUAGAUCCAAUUCUUGUUUAAAUCUAGCUUGCAAUUAUGUCGCGUACGCAUAAUAACAACCCCUUUUUAUAAGUUCUUAUUAAUAUAAUAUUUUUUUCAAUUAUUUUAUCUUUAGGUAGGUAGCUCCAACAAAUUCUUUAAAAUUAUUAUUGUUAAAUUAGAAAUAGCUAAUAUUGUAGUAGAAAACAAAUUGCGAUUCUCACGCUGAAGAAGAUCAAAUGAAUUAUGUUUUCAUUUUUAUAUAUUUAUUAUUCUAACUGCGGAACAUGCAUUCAGGCUUCGUCAUAGUAUUUUAUAAUCAAAUAAUUUUCAAAUCCAUGUGAUACAUAUGUGUAACAGAGAUGUGAAGAUUAUAAUUAUUAUUACUAGGUAGGUAGGUUUAAUAAAUUUUCAAUUCCAUUCAAUAAAA